CAAGGUUUCCUCAAAGCACAGUCUGCCACCCGUACCGCUCCGCCAUGGCCUGGAUCACACCGAGAUUGCGUCGUCGUAGCCUCUGUCCCACCAGAAUUCCUUCCCUCCCUCUCUUAUUCGAUCCUCCGCCGAGCCUUUAUCGAGUAAUCACAGCUUCAUCUUCUUCCUGUAUCACGUUACGUCAUCUCACUGCGUCUCAGCUUCCUGCUGGCCGUAUCAGUCUCUCCCCAGGUCGCUACGAUGAAGCUCUAGUGAAUCCUAGCAUCGCAUUCCUCACCGUCAGAUUUCACUUCAUCACGUACCAAAGUCGCCGCCCUCCAUGAAACUGUACUCGUCGUAGCGAUCCAAUCAGUAGUACGGCGUGCUGACCGACCUCGCCUCAGAGGCCACGAUGGCUUCCAGUAGUCGUAGCAGUACGGCGGGUGACGCCGACGCUACUGAUCGCUGCUCGUUGGAUUCUUUGCCGGACGAUCUUCUCAUCGAGAUAUUCCGCCGCCUUGAGCCAAGACCGAUUCUUUCAUCCGACGCUCUUACCGACCAGCAGCACGCUCUUUCAGCUUCCUACGCCUCCUCUUUCGCCUCCUUCUCUCACGCCUCCUUCUCUCCCGCCUCCUUCUCUCCCGCCUCCUCCUCCUCCCACGCAUUCGUGUGUCGCCACUGGCACGACCUUGCCUAUAUCGCAAGGACAUCUAUCAACAUGAAGCGUCGUCGGAGGAUCUCCGCCUCGCAGCUGAUCCAGGCCGUUCAUCGCAUGCCGAGUCUCAGAUCGCUCGAGAUCUUCAUUCUCGGUACGGAUCGCGUCACGGACGCCCUCCUUGCGGGGAUCGCGCACACAAGCCCCGGCCUAGAGCGCCUUUCCGUAACCUGCGGACGUAGCGACGAGUACACGGCCAGAGGGCUCGAAAAGCUCUUCCGAACCUGCACGCGGCUGGCGGAUCUCUCGCUGAACUGCCCGCCCACCAUCACCUCUUUCCCGGGCAGCAUCUCAGCUGUGCGUGGACUCGUACGCCUCAACAUCUGCUCUGUCGACCUGCUCCGUUUCCCUGACGAGAUCGGCGCGCUUCACGCUCUGGCGUCCCUCGUGUUGCAGACGCCUCUUGUCGCAUCGCUGCCCAGCAGCCUGGGGGAUCUCAGCAGCCUGCGGGAGUUGGAGCUGGUGGGUUGUAGCUCGUUAUCCUCGUUACCCGACACGGUUGGGCGGCUCUUGAAGCUGUCCCGCCUUUCUGCGUCGCAUUGCAGCGGGAUUACCUCCCUUCCGGACGCCCUCUGCCAGUGCAUCUCCUUGGACUCCCUGGAUCUCUUUCUGCCAGGCCUUGCCUGGCUGCCGGAGAAUCUCGGGCAGCUGAGAAACCUCCGCCAGCUUCUCCUGUCGUUCUGCAUCGGGCUUGGUGACCUCCCGGGUUCUAUUACGCAGCUAUCUUCACUCCAGGAGUUUGCCGCUGUUCGGUGCUUCAUGCCGCUCCCUGAAGACCUUGGGAACUUGACUAAUCUCCUGUCUUUGGACCUGCAGUGCAGAACGCUCAGCCACCUGCCGUCCUCUCUGCCCCAGCUCGCUCUUCUUCGUCGCCUUGCAAUCUCCCGCACCAGCCAGCUGUUUGCUCUGCCGGAGACCAUCGGCCAACUGUCUGCACUCAAACAGCUGGACCUGUCCCGCUUGAGCAAUCUCCAGAGCCUUCCGAAUGCAAUUGGGCAGCUGCAGCAGCUUCGGUCGCUGAGGAUCCAUCGCUGUGAUUCGCUCCAGGAGCUUCCAGAGUGCCUGUCGCAACUGCGUGCGUUGAGGACUCUCAUUAUCGCCAAAUGUAAAGUUUUCUGCCGUAUUCCGAAAAGCAUCCACCACCUGUGUGAACUUCGACAGCUGAGUCUCCACGCCUGCCCUAAAAUUUUCCAGCUGCCUGCCAGCCUUGCUCUCUGUGAUUCCCUCUGGAGCAUCUCCGUUUGCGAAUGCUAUGAUCUCAUGGACGUGCCAGAGGAGAUUCAAUACCUGGUUGAUGAGGAUAGUGAGUGCAGCGAUGAUGACAGCUCGGAGGAGGGGAGUGAGGGGGAGAGUGAGGAGGAUGAAAGUGAGGAAGAUGAGGAGGAGGAGGAGUAUGAGGGGGAGGAGGAUGAGGGGGGGGAGGAUGGAUGGGGAGAGGAUGAGGGGGAGGAGGAUGGGAGGAGGAUGAUAGGGAGGGGGGUGAGAGUGAGGAGGCUGAGAGUUAGGAGGAUUAUGAGAGGAGGACGGGAGGAUCAGAAUGAGGAGGAUGAGAGUGAGGAUGAUGGAUGGGAGGAGGAUGGGAGUGAGGAGCAUGUGGGGGAGGAGGAUGGAAGGAGGAGGAUAGUGAGGGGGAUGAGAGUGAGGAGAUUACAAAUUUGAAGGAUGAGGCAGAUGAGUAGAGGAUGGGAGGAGGAUGAAAUUCAGGAGGAUGAAUGAUGAGGUGGAGGAAUCAAUCACCCCAACCAAUGCAGCAGCGGAAGGUGAUGUGGGGGGUAAAGGGUUGUUCAAGGGGAGGCCAGGAGGAUGGAGAUACCAGCGGCAGGAGAUCCAGGUGUAGACACACAGCUUCAGAAGUGGACGCCGAUUGGCUGUUUUUUUUUUGCCUAGGUUCAUUCCAUUUUACUUCAUUGGUCUCGUUCCAUUUCAUUGUGCACGGUAGUGGCGGUGUUUCUGGGUUGAAACUUGUAACCAUAUGUUCAACAUUG